GUGAGGAUGAGCCAUGUCGUCAGCGGGCACAUGGUCUAUUCCAAGGCGGAGCAAAUUGAACUCGACAUGGGGGCCGAAAGUGUGGCUGGGCAGCUGCCGGCCCAACUUGUUUGGCUGCUGUCCAUACCCUCCGCCUUCUCUUAACAUCAUCAGCAGUCGUUCAUUUCGCGCGGAGUAGUCGAGGCUCUCUUUUAAAGCCAUCUACAAGAUCGCAGCGCUCGACUCUCGCCGUAGGCCCAUCCGUUCCGUCCCUGAACGAACCCCCACGUGCGAUCGUCCCACGAAUCACAUUGCGAUCGCAUUCGCAGUGUCUUAACAAACUUGAGCAAAUCGCACGAGCUCACAAAAGGAAUUAUACCAUGUGUCUUGUCAAAGUCAAGCAAGACGAAGAGGUCGUCGUCCCCUACCGCGUUGUCCAGCGCAACAACCACUCUCCGCCUCGGCGGCGCGCUUCCCACCAGUCGAUCCGCCGCUACUCUCGCAACGAGAUCGUGCGCGAGUCCUCUCCUCGACCCUCAGGCUCUUACAUUGCCGUACCUACUCCCAAACCUCUUGCGAUUCCCGCACCGCAGCCUGUCCCGGUCUUUGUGCAGCCGCCGCCAGAGCCGAUGCCAUACCCAGCCGCACCGCCGAGCCAUAUAUCAAGCCACCACCAGCACCACCAGCACCAGCCUAACGCGCACUAUGUCGAGGUUUCGCCGCGGUCUAGCGUGACGAGUAGGUCGUCGAGUCCGGGGAGAAGCGACUACGUGUAUAGAGAGCGGGAGGUUAGGCGCGAGAGGGCGUAUAGCCCGGAGAGCAAUCCGCGAUAUGAGCAUUUUAGAUACGUGGAGCCUGCUCCGUCAGAGUCGGAUCAUUAUGAAAGGUAUCAGAGAAGGGAUAGGAGUAGGAGUAGGCAGAGGAGUAGGUCGAGGGGUGGAUAUGAGGACCCGCGGGGGAGCUACAGGGAGACUAAUACGAGGGUCACGAUGGUGGAGGAUGACGGGCGGAGGAGGAGGGAAUACAGGUGAUGAGUGUAGUGCAUACAGUUUUAGUGGAGAUGUUCCUUUGUUUUCGCUACACGAUGUCAUUUUGAUCUGAGAGCGAACGGACGUUUGCAUUUGGCUUGAAUCUUCGUUAGCAUGGCGUUGCAUAUCACAGUUAUGAAAUUUACGCAAUCGAGUUUUAUUGACGAGCAUAUUGAGAAGUUACCGUUUCAGCAAUUUCAUCCAUGUUCAUCU